AUGUCUUCUGUUGAUAUUCAGUCCAUCCUCUCUUCCCUCACUCUUGAGGAGAAGAUCUCACUUCUCGCCGGAAAGGACCUCUGGGAAACCGUCCCCAUUCCUUCAAAGGGUGUUCCUAACGUCAAGACUUCAGAUGGUCCCAAUGGCGCCCGAGGAGGUGCCUUUGCUGGAGGCACACGCGCUGCUUGCUUCCCUGCCGCAUGUCUAAUGGCAUCCACCUUCGAUGUAGACCUGGCUAAGAGGAUCGGUACUGCUCUUGCCGAAGAGACUCACUCCAAGGGGGCUCGAUGUCUUCUUGCUCCCACCAUGUGUCUACACCGUCAUCCUCUAGGCGGUCGUAACUUCGAGUCAUUCUCAGAGGAUCCUUUUCUGACUGGCAAGAUGGCCGCCAGAGUCGUCGAGGGCCUCCAGGACCAGGGUGUUUCAGCUACCAUCAAGCACUUUGCUGCGAACGAACAGGAGACUGAGCGUCUGACUGUUGACGAGACCAUUAGCGAGAGAGCCCUUCGGGAACUCUACCUCCGUCCCUUUGAGAUCGCCAUCAAGGAAGCCAACCCUUGGGCCGUCAUGACUUCUUACAACAUGGUCAACGGACACCAUGCAGACUCCAACGAAUUCUUGCUAAAGAAGGUUCUCCGUGGCGAUUGGGGAUGGGACGGUCUUGUUAUGAGUGACUGGGGUGGUGUUAACUCUACUGCCGAAUCGCUCGAGGCUGGUCUGGAUCUUGAGAUGCCCGGCCCUACCCGCUGGAGGAGCACCGAGGAUGUUAUCGCUGCCAUCAAGGCUGGUACGACUUCUGAAGAGACUAUCAAUGAGCGCGCAACUCGUGUGCUCAAGUUCCUUGAGCGCCUCAACUGCUUCAAGGACCCCAAGAUCCCUGACGAGAGAGCUAUCAACGACCCCAAGCACCAAGCUCUGAUUCGAGAGGCUGGAUCCAAGGGUAUGGUUCUUUUGAAGAACAAGGACAACGUUCUUCCUCUAUCGAAGGAUAAGGUUAAGGGCAGGAAGAUUGCUCUUCUUGGACAUGCCAAAACUGGUAUGGCCCAUGGUGGUGGCAGUGCAUCUGUCAACGCCCACUACAAGGUCACUCCUUGGGAUGCUCUUCACAAGGCUCUCGGUGAUAGUGUUGAGUUUUCUUAUGCUAAGGGAGCUCACACUUUCCGCAUGCUUCCCCCUAUUGCUGACAAUGUCGUCGAUUUGGACGGCAACCCCGGCUUCACCUUCAAGAUCUUCGAGCCCGGCAACCCCAAUCCCAUUGAGGUUCGACCUGGACAUGCCAACUCCGAAGUGUCUGUCCUCAGCGGCUUUGGCUUUAGCAACAAGGACGUGACCCUCGAGGGUACCUUUACUGCCCAGGAGACCGCCAAGUACUACUUCACUUGUUCCGGACUAGGUCCCAGCAAGUUCCUUAUCGACGACAAGGUCGUUUUCGAGCAGAAGAAGAGCUGCAAGGAUGCGAUGGGUUUCCUUUUCGGUGGUGAUAACCCUCCUGAGUUCAAGCUCUCGUUGGAGGCAGGACGCAAGUACAAGCUGGCCAUGUACACAUCGCCUCCAGCACCAGAGGAAGGAAAGGAUAUCGGUAUAUUGGAGGGACGAUGCGGUCUUCGAGUAGGAUACAUGUCCGAGGCUGAGCACGACCGCGACCUCCUCUCAGAGGCUGUUGAUGUUGCCAAGGAUGCCGAUUACGCUAUCGUCUUCACCGGCCACGAGCCAUUCUGGGAGACCGAGGGUCAGGACCAGGUCAGCUUCAACCUGCCCAAGGACGGCAGCCAAGAUCGUCUUAUUUCCAAGGUUGCCGCGGUGAACCCCAACACCAUUGUCGUCAACUCUACUGGUGUUGCUAUUGCUAUGCCCUGGUUGGACGAUAUCCAGGGUCUUGUCCAGUCUUGGUUCGCUGGUCAGGAGUGUGGUAACUCGAUCGCGGAUGUGCUCACUGGUGCCCAAACUCCUGAAGGUCAUCUGACCUGCACGUUCCCCAAGAGAAUCGAAGACUGUCCCGCAUACGGCAACUUCCCUGGCGAGCAUGUUGACGGAAGACUAAAGGUCACUUACUCCGAGGGUGUCUUCAUCGGCUACCGUUACUUCGACUGUCUCUCCGCAGACAAGGUCAACUUCCCCUUCGGCUUCGGUCUCUCAUACACCACAUUCGAUUACUCCGACCUACAAGUCAAGGAGUCAGGUGACGACUACGUUGCCAGCGUAAAGGUGUCCAACACGGGUAAGGUCAAGGGCGCCGUCGCUGUCCAAGUCUACGUCGGCGCUGCUCAGACCCAAAAGGGAGAUCCUCUGAAGCAACUGGCUGCCUUUGCCAAGGUUACACUGAAGCCUGGAGAGACCACAAAGGUGGAUGUACCUGUCCGUAGCCGCGACUUUGCCUUCUUUGAUGAAGCGGCACAGAAGUGGGUUGUUAAGGGUGGAGAGUAUAAGUUUAUGAUUGGAAGAUCGGCUGGUGACAUUGCUUUGGAGUCGACGGUUACUGUUGAGGAUAAGUCUUUCAAGCCUUAA